AGCUUUCUUUAGGUUUCUUAAUGUUAUAAGAGUAUUAAGCACAGGGGGAAUUCAGAGGAUAAUCCAUCUGAAAAUAAAAGGGAAGGUGAUCAGAGGUGGCUUAGUAAAAAUGAAAAGUCAGUGGUUUCAAGGGAACAUACAGAUAACACCAAGAUCUCAUGAGGAGAGGACACUUCCAAACGCUUGCUUUCCUGUGAAUCUAACACCAAGAGGGAUAACCAAUUGGCUGGCAAAGUAACAAAUGAACAGUAACCUGACUCUAUUGACCGGCUUAACCCUGCAUGGGGGGGAAGGAUGGAAAGGAGCAGCUGUUUGCUUUGAAACAGUGGAACAGUUUUGCAGCCUUAGAAAAUGGCAUGUAACAUACCUAACCAAAGACAGCGGACUCUGUCAACAACAGGAGAAGCUCUAUACGAAAUUCUUGGUCUGCAUAAGGGAGCAUCAAAUGAAGAAAUUAAGAAAACCUACAGAAAAUUGGCCCUGAAACAUCAUCCAGACAAGAAUCCAGAUGAUCCAGCUGCUACUGAGAAGUUUAAAGAAAUCAACAAUGCCCACACAAUACUUACCGACAUUUCAAAGAGAAGCAUAUAUGACAAGUACGGAUCGCUGGGACUCUACGUGGCCGAGCAGUUUGGAGACGAAAACGUUAACACCUACUUCAUGCUGUCGAGCUGGUGGGCAAAGGCCCUGUUUGUCAUCGUUGGCCUCUUGACGGGCUGCUAUUUUUGCUGCUGCCUGUGCUGCUGCUGCAACUGCUGCUGUGGACAUUGCCGGCCCAAGUCAUCAGUGCCAGAAGAGGACUUCUACGUGUCCCCAGAGGAUCUGGAGGAGGAGAUCAAGUCUGACAUGGAAAAAGAUUUGGACUUUCCAGUUUUUCUCCAGCCUACAAAUGCAAAUGAGAAAACACAGCUAAUCAAAGAAGGAUCUCGAAGUUAUUGCACAGACGUUUGAUAUUGAGCUCUCAGAGAGUCCACAGUCCCUCCUCUCAGUUCAGUCUUGUCUCCAGAUGGUCGUAGGGGAGCGUGUGGGGCAUAAAGUGCUGUGAACUUUUC